UCCCUGCUUUCAUAACUACCUCUGAAUACAGUAAAGAAAGAAAACGACGAGCAGCAUCUUCUCUCUGGCAUUCAGACAAAGAAGAAGCUGGGUAUUGCGUGGAAUUUAAAACAGAAUCACUUUCACACCACUGUGCUUUGGAGAAUCGGCCAUAUGCUCGAUGGAUGCAGUACCUACGAGAAGGACAUACUGUGUGUGUAGCUUGCCAGCCUCCAGCUAUGGAUACCGACACACAUCGUUGUUCUGGAGAUGGCCAUAAUGCAGAUGGAGGUAAAAUCUUACACUGGGAAGCAGUUGGCAACUCUCAGUGCCAAGGAACCUGGAAGAAGAUUCGGCAACUGAAGCACUGUUCAUGUCCCCUUGUGCAUAGCUUUAUUUUUACAUAAAAGUUUAAAAGACCUUUACAACAGCAAAACCAAAAAGAUAAAGAAAAUUAACACCAAUGCCAAGAAACCUACACCUUCUGCUGCAUUUUUUGGAGUCUAAAUAUACUUUAAAGGACUCAGAACUUUGAAGAAGGAUUUUGGGAACCUCUGCCUUAAUACAAAAUGCUAAGAUUGAUCUUUGUAUUAGAAAACUAGAAGCAUGUUUCCAUAUUUCUCUUUUGUAAUUAAAGAGUUAAUUUUU